GUUUGUUAAAAUAAUUAAUAUAUUAUAGGAAAGCUCAAUAUAUGCAUUUGUUCCCUCCAGGUUAUAUAUAAUAUUUAGGUGUGUAGGUGCUGGUGGUCUCUGGUGGCUGGCUCUCCAACACAACGUCUUCAUUGCUGUGGGGUUCUAGAUGUCCACCGCCAUGACGUCCCGCUUCUUCAUGUCUGACUCUGAGUCGGAUUCAGAGUCCAGUGAAGAGGAGGUUAUUAAUGAGCCAACUGGCAUUUCUGCAGCAGCAUUUGUGUUUAGUGAAGAUGAGGAAGACACUAAACGUAUUGUUCGCUCUGCCAAGGAAAAGCGCUACGAGGAACUCAAAAAUGCCAUCAAGAAUAUUAAGAAUUAUAAAAAAAAUAAGGACAUGUCCAAUUUACUCUCAAGUUUUGAGGACUUGUGCCGUGCCUACACCAAGGCACUACCUGUAGUGCAGAAAGAAGAAGGGGGUAAAACUCCAAGAUUCUUCAUUCGUUGCUUGGCAGAACUUGAUGAUUUCAUCCAGACUGUCUGGGAGGAUAGGACUGGCAGGAAGAACAUGUCCAAGAAUAAUGCCAAGGGUUUGACUACUCUUCGGCAGAAGUACAGAAAAUAUGCCAGAGACUAUAAUGCCGAUAUUGCCAUCUUUCGUGAGAACCCAGAUGCUCCAGAUUCUGAUGCAGAGAUUGAGAGGGAUGAUCAGGAUGAUGACAGUGAGGAUGACAACAACCUCAUGGAUUUGGCAACAUUCAAGAAAGAAUCUUCAGUUACCAAGACUACCAAGAAGUAUCAGAAGGGAAGCGAUGAAGAUGAUGAUGAUGAUAGUAUUGAUUGGGGUCCUAGUACUGAGGAUGAGACAUCUUCGUCUGAUGGUGGUGGUGGCAUGUUUACCCUCAGAGAGAAAUUCUUGAAGAAAACCACAGAUAGGGAUGAUGAUGAUUUGAAGAAAAGGAAAAAGAGGUUGCCACGAGAGAAUAAGGCAAAGGAUGAGGACAGUGAUGAUGAUGAUGGUGGAUGGGAGACCGUAAAAAAAGGAUCAUCAAUGCCCAUGGAAAAACCCAAGAUGUUUGGUAAGGAUGAUGAGAUUAAUGUAAAUUCUGUGCACAAGAAGUUAAACGAAAUUAUGGCUGCUCGAGGCAAGAAAGGAACAGAUCGCAAGGAACAAAUUGAACUCCUUCACGAGCUCCUUAAUGUUGCUCGUGACAAUAAUCUUGGACAUGCUAUAUUAGUCAAGGUUCAGUUCAGCAUUAUAAUGUCUCUGUAUGAUUAUAAUCCUUCAGUGUCUGAUCCUAUGAAAGUGGACUUCUGGGAGAAGGUUCUACUGAAAAUUGAUGAAUUGUUAGAUAUGCUUAUUGCCAAUCCAGAUUUGACAAUUGGAGAACAUGUAACAGAAGAGACAGAAAGUCUGGAAAAGGCACCACUACUAGUACGAGGCUGCGUUCUCACCAUUGUUGAUCGCAUGGAUGAAGAAUUCAUUAAGUUGCUGAAGAAAUUUUACUUUAUUUUUAAGGGUGAGCUUCCUACAACAGAUGAUACAAGUAUUGCAGAGAUGGAUAGGCUUUGCAAGUAUAUUUAUGUGCGGGACAACACUGACCGUUUGCGCACUCGUGCUGUGUUGUGCCAUAUUUACCAUAUGUCUCUCCAUGAUAAGUGGUACGAAGCACGUGACCUCAUGCUGAUGGCUCACUUACAGGAAACCAUUCAUCAUUCUGAUCUACCCACUCAAAUUUUGUACAACCGCACAAUGGUUCAGCUAGGGCUCUGUGCCUUCCGCCAUGGAAAUAUUAAGGACUCCCACAACGCUUUACUGGACAUUCAGUCUGGUGGAAGAGCCAAGGAAUUACUGGCUCAGGGUCUACUGCCUCAGCGCCAGCACGAGCGAACAACUGAACAGGAGAAGCAAGAGAAACAACGGCAAAUCCCAUUCCAUCAACAUAUUAAUCUUGAAAUGCUGGAAUGUGUAUAUCUGGUUUCUGCUAUGCUCAUUGAAAUUCCUUAUAUGGCUGCUCAUGAGUUUGAUGCUCGCCGACGCAUGAUUUCCAAAUCCUUCCAUCAUCAGUUAAAGAAUUCUGAGAGACAGUCUUUGGUUGGACCACCUGAGAGUAUGAGAGAGCAUGUUGUUGCUGCCUCCAAAGCUAUGCGCAAUGGUAACUGGAAGCAAUGCAGGAAUCUGCUGCUGAAUGACAAGAUGAAUGCCAAGGUGUGGGAUCUGUUCCACGAAGCUGACAGAGUUCGCAAGAUGUUAGGUGGCAAGAUCCAAGAGGAGAGUCUGCGGACGUACCUCUUCACCUACUCUCAUGUGUAUGACUCCAUCUCACUUAUCAAGCUAUCUGAAAUGUUUGAGCUCCCUCAUAGUACUGUUCAUGCAAUCAUUAGCAAAAUGAUUAUCAAUGAGGAAAUUAUGGCCUCACUGGAUGAACCAACUUCAUGCUUGGUGAUGCAUCGUACUGAACCAUCAUCCCUGCAAUCAUUGUCACUGCAGUUAGCAGACAAACUUUACAAUCUGGUCGAAAACAAUGAACGUGUUCUUGAUCAGAAGCCCUUUUUCACCCGCGGCAUGCAGGGUGGUGGGUACCGUGACCGCCGGGAGAAAGGUAACUGGAGUGACCGUCGAGACCGUCGGGACAGGGACAACCAGAACAUCCAUCGGCGGGACCGUGAUUAACUGUAACUGGUCAUGGCAAGUGAUGCUACAUAGGGCAUACCAUGAGGCAAAGGAUGUGGAAUGUGUUAUGUCAUCAUCGACCACCUGCUUUCAUCCUAUGAAAGAUGUUUUGGGGCCCACUCAUUUGUUGAAAGUUGCAAUCACAUUACUUAGGUUAUAGCACUGAAGAACAGGUAGUCUACAGAAUCUAAACUCUUAUAUUUGACUUGUAAGGAUUCUACUCUUCUUGUCAUUAAAAUAUUAGCAGUACUCUGGUUAUUUAAUAAAACAAACUUGGCUUCGCUUUUUGUUUAGGCAUUUUGAAUAAUUUGCUUUGGUUAGGCAAGUUAAAUUAUUAAUUUUUUUUUUUUUUACUCAUGAUUGCCAGAGCUUUUGAGAAUGUACAUCUAAAAAAAAAUUGCUACAUUUUUUUAUGAAUACACCUGAAUAAUACUUUGCAGAUUAUUUAUACCUGGAUAUAUUAGGUACUUUUUUAUUUUCAAAGCCUCUGCAUUAAUAUAUUAAAAAAUGGAUGUAAAUGGUUAUUUUAUUGAAUGGUUUAACAUGUUAGGUUUUAUUAUACUGAGCAUACUUAAUACUUUCUAACUGGUACUUUCACACAAUGUGUGGGCCCCAAGAGUUGUAAGAACCCAUGUCCUUAACCUUUUAUCUAAAUUUGAAGAUCUACGCAGUAUUUAAUUCUAAUACUUUUUUGGAAUUUAUAUGCUAGCAUACUGGAAAGUUUUUGUAAUAGUAUGCCUAGAAAUUUGUUAUAAUUUGGGAACAUUAAAAAGUCAGCUGAUACUUCGAUUAUGCACUAUUUAAUUUUUAUUGUAUUGUCUCUAUUCUUUGUAUUUUGGUAUUAGAAUAAUUCCCUCGUCAUAUUUUUGGUGAUGGCCAAGACUUCAUUGCAGGUUUUUUUUUUUUUUUUUUUUUUUUUAAGUACUUCCUCCGUAAUUAAAUCCUGCUGCAUGUAUUACUAAAUCAAAUUGUUUAGUGUACAGAAGUAAUUAUUCAGUGCUAAGAUGUGUAUUAUGAAAGUAAAGCUUUUCUUAUCCUACCUCGAGAGGUCUUCCUUAAUAUUAGCAAAGAAUUGGAGCUACUCUCCCCUUCCACAGGCAAUGCAUGACCAUUUGAAGGUUAAAUGUUAAUGGCAGUGUUUCAUCCACCAGUUCUCAGAGAUGGAUCAAUUCCUUCAAUUAUACUGGUGAGACAAGAGGUGGAGAUAGGCUGUUGAUGUUUCCUGAGUAACAUCACUGCAGGUAAGUGGAAACUUUGAAGCUUAAAAUUAGUGGGUCAAUAAGCUGACUUCAGUACUUUCUCCAUAUAGUUUUAUGUAAUAGUGUCAUAUUCAGUGAGAAUAAGUUUGGCCAGUAUUUCAUGAAACAGAAUGAACCUGAAUUGUGUGUGAUUGUGUUAGUCAUGGCAGUCAAAGGAGAUUCUAAGCAUAGUCUGUUCCUGCUGUAGUAUCUAGUUUGGUACUGGGGAGGCUCAUCAGAUGGUUGUUUCAGUGAAUAGUGCAGCUAUUUGUCAUUUCUCUGGCAGGUAUCUCAGCAUUUGCUGAUGCUCAUGUUUAGGUUUCUAGGAGUUUUACCACCAUAAAAUUUUGCACAGUCUCCACAGGGAAUAAUUUAGAUGGUGGCAGUGGUGUCUUAGGAUGUUUUCUUUUUAACCAAGUUCUUUAUUGUGUUGACUGUGGUGGCAACCCUAAUGAUGACUUUAGAGAUAUUAUUGUGUGUUGUUGACAAGUAAAUUAUGUAUCUGCUGGGGCUGGAAUUUUAUCUGACAUUAUGUAGCUUUUCUGCAGCCAGUGAAGUGUUGAGGAAGGCUUUAUUAAUGUAAUCACAUUGAUCAGGACCCACAUUCCUAGAACAGUAAUCACUCAUAAUUCUAGAAAAAUGCAACUACAUAAAUGAAACCUUUGAACUUUGCUCUCAAUACUACUUCAUCAGUGACUAGAAAAAAAAGUAUACUACAUAGAUACACAGUUCUACCUGUCGACAACACUUGCAAUACCCUUUCCAAAUCCUUAAAGCCAACUAAGUGUUGCUUCCAUUACAAGACUUCUUUUUAACUGAACCCUUAGUAGUGUUCUAGGCUAUGGUGGCAACCCUGAUAUUGGCAUUAAGGAUUUGAAAGGGGUUAUUGCAAGUGUUGUAAUCUUGCCUGGCAUGGUGUAACAUCUCUGUUCUCUCUCCUGCAGUUUUUGAUGAAGUGUGGAUAGCAAAGUUCAAAGGUUUUGUUUAUGUAGAAAAAUUCUAGGAAUGCAGUGACCCACAUUUCUAAAAGGAUAUAACUACAUUAAUAAAAAAAAUCUUCCCUGAACUUUACUAUCCACAACACUUCAUUACUGAGAAGAAAAAUUAAAAUACUACAGUACAUAAUAUAAUGCCAGAUAAGAUUCCCUACACCAGCAGGCUGUGGUUGCCACCAUAGCCUAUAACACACUAAAGAACCCAGUUAAAAGGAAAACCACAUUUAAAGACACUACCAGCACCUACACAAUACCCUAUGAAGGCUGUACCAAGAUCUGUGUUGGUGACACUUCUAGGAAGAAAGAAGCUAACAGAUGCAUGACAAGAAUGAAAAGGCACAAUACAGUGACAAACAAUAUACAAAUAACCCCCCCCCCCCACCACCACACACAACAGAGAAGCUUACAACGACAUUUCAGUCUGUCUUGGACCACUUACUUUGUAAAUAGUCCAAGAUGGUCUGAAAUGUUGUCAUAAGCUCCCCCUUCUAUGUGCAGGUUGUGAGCAGAUAAAUGACGAAAGAUACCUGUACUACUGAGAAACAUCUGAUGAACUUCCCCAGUGCCAAACUAGUUACCAAAUCAACAGACAUGCCUAGAAUCCACUCAGUGCCACAAUUAACUAACACCACAAUUCAGGUUCAUUCCUAAUUUCUAAAAUGCUAGCAAAGUUUUUUUUUGUCACCAGAUACAACUAUUACAUAAAAAUACAUGGAGAAGUACUGACCCACCUAAUUUUUAACUCCAAAGUUUCCACUUGGCUAAACAAUAUUACUACAUGCGACAUCAUGCAUCCAUCUCUAGUACAUACGCUAUUUUUCCCUCUGAGAAUUGAUAAAAUCCCUGAUGGGGCAAUUCUUAGAUGCUGUCAACUAUAGUGUCCUAACACAGGUUUAGUACUAAUCAAAAGUAAUGUUGUCACAGACAUCCCAGUAACUGUUACAAGGAACAGAAAUGCAUAUCUUGGUACAUUGAAUAUUAUUUAUUUUAAUUAGCUGCUUCCAUGCUUUUAAAUAUCUAUAUCAUGAUUGACAAGUCAUACAGUAUCAUUCAAGAGUAAAAUAUCCAAUGAUUGGCCAUAAUGAAACAUAUUAGCCAAUACAAAACAAUUUUGGUAGAUGGAGAGAAAGACAAGACAUUAUUGUAAAGUAAAUCAAUAUUUUGGCAUUAAACUUU